UACCUGCAGUACCUGGAUCAGAUGUGUUCUCUGGAAAUAGUGACCUAAUGUGAAGCCAGCCUAUUUUCUUUUCUCUUUUCCUCACAGAUUUUGAAGCCAGCUUCAUUAGAUUAUUGGACAAAAUAACUAAUGGUUCUCGAAUAGAAAUAAAUCAAACCGGAACAACUUUAUAUUAUCAGCCUGGCCUUCUGUAUGGUGGAUUUGUGGAGCAUGAUUGUAGUGUCCUUCGCAGCAUUGGCUACUAUCUGGAGAGUCUUCUUUGCCUGGCUCCGUUUAUGAAGCACCCGUUAAAAAUAGUUCUGCGAGGAGUGACUAAUGAUCAGGUUGACCCUUCGGUUGAUGUUCUUAAGGCAACAGCACUCCCUCUAUUGAAACAGUUUGGGAUUGAUGGUGAAUCAUUUGAGCUAAAGAUUGUGCGGCGGGGAAUGCCUCCUGGAGGGGGCGGUGAAGUGGUUUUCUCAUGUCCUGUAAGGAAGGUCUUGAAGCCCAUUCAGCUCACAGAUCCAGGAAAAAUCAAGCGUAUCAGAGGAAUGGCGUACUCUGUACGUGUGUCACCUCAGAUGGCGAACCGCAUUGUGGAUUCUGCAAGGAGCAUCCUCAACAAGUUUAUACCCGAUAUCUACAUUUAUACAGACCACAUGAAAGGAGUCAACUCUGGGAAGUCUCCAGGCUUUGGAUUAUCACUUGUUGCUGAGACCACGAAUGGCACCUUCCUCAGUGCUGAACUAGCCUCCAACCCCCAGGGCCAGGGAGCGGCAGUGCUUCCAGAGGACCUUGGCAGGAACUGUGCCAGGCUGCUGCUGGAGGAAAUCUACAGGGGUGGAUGUGUAGACUCAACCAACCAAAGCCUGGCUCUACUCCUUAUGACCCUUGGACAGCAGGAUGUUUCCAAAGUUCUGCUAGGACCACUUUCUCCCUACACGAUAGAAUUUUUGCGACAUUUGAAGAGCUUUUUCCAGAUUAUGUUUAAAAUCGAAACCAAGCCAUGUGGUGAAGAACUCAAGGGCGGGGAUAAAGUACUGAUGACCUGUGUUGGGGUUGGCUUCUCCAACCUUAGCAAGACCCUCAAGUGAUAACUGUUGCAAGAUGAGGCCCCAGUGCCUACAGACAAAGCAGAAGCUGCCAUGGACACCAAAGGGACCAAGACCAAAUGUGUUCACCCAGGACAGACGAGCCACUGCUAUUAAGGACUUGCUUAAUUUUCCGUUAAAAAGUUUCAGUGUGCAGACAAGACAUCUCUGUAUCAUAUGGUUUCCAGCCAUUUCUCCAGUGGCAUGGACAUUCCUCAGGAGGCCCAAUUACCAUAAGAGCUUCCUUGCCUACCUGGAGGAAGAGUGUGCCUUCAGGACGUAGUCAUGCUGCUGGGGCAGUAUGACAGUUGUGUUUCAGCCACGCUUCCUCAGCCCACAGUCCUGGGCUUCUGUCCAGACCUGGUCUGGGCUGUUCAUCAGACCUGUGGAGUCUGUUACUGUGCUUUCUGCAAGGACUUAUCUCUUUGAGCAUUGGUGUCUGUUAUAGGAGCUAAAUGAGAUAUUAUGUUUAGAAGCUCUUUAGAAUUGUGCAGUGCUAUGCAAAUUCCAGAAAUUGGUAAAUUAGACUGUUUGUCUCUCUUCUGAAUGGCUUGCUAUCAUGGAUGCAGAUCCUGAUCCUCAUCUGGUGCAUUGUAUGCAGAUGUGAGGGGUGGGUGGCUGCAGAGCGUGGGGGUCCAAUAAAGUUAUUGGGUGAUUUUUAUAUUCCAAGUGUGCCACACAUUUUCUCAUUUUAUUCUCUCAAUAGCCUUAUGAUAGAAAUUGUAUCUCCACAAGAAAAUUCAAAAAGGUUAUUUUGUUUCUUUGAAAUGUAUGAUGUAAAGACAUUAGAUCUCCUGAGUUAAAGAUGAGAGUGUAA